CAAUAACAAGAUCCAGGCUUUUUCCGUGUCAGAUGCAUACACGCACACAAACACAGCGCGCGACUAAACCGGAGUUUCAGUAAUAAUCAAUUCGGUUUAAAUUCUUUACUGAGUCGUAAAUUUCCUGAAGCGGUUUGUAAUCUAACCUUAAAAAUACUAAAAGCUCGAGCGACCGACAUUUUGGUCCAUGUCUUUUUUUUAUGACAGUCGAAACCAAAAACUGAGUCUUUCUGGCAGGAUUAUAGGGAGAGAAAAAGUUGCUUUAUUGAAGUAUCUUCUGCAGUUGUAUAUGAAAUUAAGUACAUUUUCGUUAAAGUAAUUCGAAAUAAUUUGCUGUUUGUUAUCAUCUCGUUAGCUUGCUAGCAAGAGCUACUGUUUACUCACGGCGACAAGGAUUUACAUGAACUCAGACAACUGCGUCUCAACUUUAUCGGUACAUCUACAAAUAAAUUUAAAAAAUAGUUUAAUUCCCGAGAAGUCUUUUAUUAAAAGGGAAAAAUUGAAGGUUGUGUAAGAUAUCGCUAGCCGCCUGUCCCAUGUCUGAUCAGAGUUCAGAUGAAGAUGUGGAUCCUGAAUCAGAGCAAGCAGACGAGCUCGCGGGAAUUCUCAGCAAGUGGACCAACUAUAUCCAUGGCUGGCAGGACCGGUGGGUUGUACUGAAGAACAACACACUAAGCUACUAUAAGUCAGAGCAUGAGCAAGAGUAUGGCUGCAGAGGAUCACUCUGUCUCAGCAAGGCUGUCAUCAAGCCUCACAAAUUUGAUGAAUGCCGCUUUGACAUCAGCGUAAAUGAUAACAUUUGGUAUUUGAGGGCUGAAGAUCCUGAGCUCCGGCACCAGUGGAUUGAUACCAUUGAACUUCAUAAGGCUGAGUCAGGCUAUGGUUCAGAGACCAGUUUGCGGCACCAUGGAUCCAUGCUGUCCCUCACUUCUGCCACCAGUGGCCUCUCAACCACUUCUACAUCUUCCUUUAAGAAAGGCAACAGUCUCCGAGAGAAGCUGGCAGAAAUGGAGACAUUCAGGGACAUUCUGUGCAGACAAGUAGACACACUGCAGCGCUACUUUGACAACUGUGCAAGUUUAGAUCACAGAGAGGAAAUCUUCAGGGACAAAGUAAUUGAGGAUGACGAAGAUGAUUUUUCUGGCUUACGGCCAGAUGGAGACUACCUCCUCAACAACAAUAGCAGUAAAGAGAAGUUGUUCUCUAUGUCCGGCUCCAAAGGGCCCAUUGGCAUUGAUUUCAAAGGUGAAGCCAUCACUUUCAAAGCCACCACAGAAGGCAUACUCUCUGCAAUGUCCCACUGCAUUGAUAUCAUGGUCAAGCGUGAAGAGACCUGGCAGAAGCGACUGGAUAAAGAAAUGGAACAGAGGAAAAGAAUAGAAGAAUCCUAUAAGUCUGCCAUAACAGAACUGAAGAAGAAAUCGCAUUACGGAGGACCAGACUAUGAAGAGGGGCCAAACAGUCUCAUCAAUGAAGAUGAAUUCUUUGAUGCUGUUGAAGCAGCUCUUGAUAAACAAGACAAGAUUGAAGAGCAGACUGAAAAGUGUAGGACUGCUUGGCCAGUUACUCUCAACUCCUCUCUUAAUGCUCACAAAUACACCAACAAGCCUCUUAGUCAUGCUUCCUCAGUGUCCUCUCUCGACUUAGUCAGUGCUUCCGAUGAUGUGCACAGACUCAGUGCUCAGGUGGAGGAAAUAAUACACAGUCACAUGACUCACUCCUUACAAGAUGUAGGUGGAGAUGCUAACUGGCAACUUGUUACUGAGGAGGGUGAGCUAAAGGUGUACAGAAGAGAGGUGGAGGAGAAUGGUGUCGUGUUGGACCCUCUCAAAGCCACACAUGCUGUUAAAGGGGUUACAGGUCAUGAGGUCUGUCAUUACUUUUGGGACACAGCUUUCCGGUAUGACUGGGAAACAACCGUUGAAAGCUUCAGUGUGGUGGAGACAUUAUCAGACAAGGCAGUAAUUAUUUACCAGACUCAUAAGAGGGUGUGGCCUGCUUCACAAAGAGACAUCCUUUAUCUGUCAGUUAUCCGCAAAAUCCUCUCCACCAAUGAGAAUGAACCAGAUACGUGGAUUGUGUGCAAUUUCUCUGUAGAUCACGACAGAUAUCCACCCACAAGCAGGUGUAUCCGUGCCAAAAUCAAUGUGGCCAUGAUCUGCCAGACAAUAGUCAGUCCACCAGAGGGCAACAAAGAGAUUGGCAGAGACAAUAUCCUCUGUAAAAUAACUUAUGUAGCCAAUGUGAAUCCAGGCGGAUGGGCACCAGCAUCAGUCUUACGAGCAGUUGCCAGACGAGAAUAUCCUAAGUUCUUAAAGCGUUUCACAGCGUAUGUUCAAGAUAAGACCAGCGACAAAGAAAUCCUCUUUUAAAACAGGUUGCCAGCCUCCAUUAAACAUAUCCGUAAGAGGCCUUAUCCAUCCCUUCAGACACUAAAUCUCAGUCUCAAGGGCUUCAGAGAACUACGUUACCCAGAAAUCAUACAGUGUUCUGGAUCAGGAAUAUCACCGUUCUAAUAUAAGGUUCCAGAUGACUGCGAGGUAUUCAUUUUACGCAAUGAUUACAUGUACAGUACAGCCCUUGUUCGUGUUUUUGGGGAUGGUUACUGGUUGUUUUUGUCUGCUUUGGUUUUUAUAAGAGUUUAAGUGUUUACUUAUUGCUUUGUAAAUAUUUGUAUUCAUGUUACUUGCACAUUGACUAAUGUCUUUAUUAAAAUUAAAACUCUAUAAACUUGAAUACCUUUAAUGAAAAACUUUGAGUUAUAACAGGUUCCUUUAGGCCUUAUAUAGUUUUGUUGUACGGGGUAUAAUUUCUUUGCUUUGAUCAGUAGAGAAUGUGAAGAGCUUUAAACACAAAUUUGUCUUUUAGUGCCCUAUGUCUUAAUAUUCUGUAUAUAAUUUAGUGUGUGUAUGUGGUAGAGGUUAAAACAUGCUGGAUUCAGAGGUUGAAGAACUGGGAAGCACCAUGUUUAAUUGGGUUUUCAGAUACUGGCAGGGCAAAGAAAAGAAAGAAUAAUAUCCACUUUUGUAAAUGUUUUGUAAAACAUUUCACCAAACAUUGCAGAACUACCUUUACUUAUAAUGGAGGAACGUCAUUUCAUGAUUUCUUCAGACCUAAAUAAAAUGAAUCAUAUUUAUCUAUGUCCUCAUUUGACAGAAUACCUUGAAGCAUAUACGAGAAGUGUUCUCUUUGUUGUUAUUGUUGUAAGUAGCCUGUGCUCUAAGCGUGAAUUUUGGCUUCACCUUAUUAUAAGGCUUAAUUUUGUUAACCACACAAAGAUCUGUGUUAAUGUUAAUAUUUGCACUAAUUACAAAAAGCGUUGCUUUACAAUCAGUUUACAUUUGUUGCCAAAUGAGACUCGUAUGUGUGAAUGAUUGAUAGAGGGUGGUAUGUAUGGAAAAUUAUACCGAAAUAUAAUUUAUAAAAAAAGAAA